UGUCAAGCUCAUAGUUUGAAUAUGAUGUCGUUUUUGUUUGGAAAGCCAAUGGUAUAUGUCAAUACAAAGGAGUACGACUUUAGCCGUUGGCCGGAAAGGUUCACUAACGCAUAUGACUUAUAUGAGGCUCUGCUGGACGAAAUCAGAAGAAGACUCAGAAGUCUUAUUGGCGACAAGGCAGCUGAUCUGGUGAAAGAUCCUUAUAGGUACUACUACCACCUUAUUGGCUUGAAUAUGGAGUUCCUCGACCUGUUUGCGGAUCUCAGUACCCUGUUCUCCUGAAAGAGUCAAUUACUUUGGUCAGAAUCAGAGAAUUUCUCUGUAAUACCCGAGUUUCGUGUCCAAUUACUCCAUCUUGUCGAAGGCAGAUAUCAUAGAAAUCGUAGAUCCAGUACAUGCGAGUACUUUAUGAGUUGAGUGGGUUCAGAGCAUAGUGAGGCUCCGAGGCUCCUUUAAUUAUGGUUUCAAUUUUUAUCCCCCAGAACGGUUUGCGAUUAUACUUCAAGCUAAGGUAAAAUGGUACAUUAUAUAAGCCCAGUUAAUCUGAAACUUUAUUAGUAUGUACUAGCAAAUACCUCCUGUGUCACUUCAGUAUUUUGUUGUUCAUUCUCACCAGCCAGUGGUUCACCAAAUCAGUGCGCGACAACUCAACCCUCAUUCAAAACUCAACAUCUACCAGCGGCGUAUAUAAUCCCUACACAUCACAUAUUAAUAUACUCCGUUUAUCAUGGCAGACACUCCAAUUGUUCUUGACCAGGGUACUGGGUUUGUCAAAAUAGGACGGGCAGGAACUAAUUUCCCAGACCACACAUUUCCCUCCAUCGUUGGAAGACCAAUCUUGCGGGCAGAAGAACGUAGUACCUUGGUACCAUCUGACAUCGAGAUCAAGGACAUCAUGUGUGGGUCUGAAGCCAGUGAAGUCAGAAACCUUCUUGAAAUCAGUUAUCCCAUGGAAAAUGGAAUCAUCAAAAACUGGGAAGAUAUGGAGCAUUUAUGGGACUAUGCCUUCUACGAAAGAAUGAAGAUCGAUACCACCGGCAAGAAGGUAUUGUUAACCGAACCUCCAAUGAAUCCGUUGAAAAAUAGAGAAACCAUGUGUGAAGUGAUGUUCGAAAAGUACAACUUCAGCGGUGUUUAUGUGGCAAUUCAAGCGGUGUUGGCCUUGUACGCUCAAGGAUUAUCGUCCGGUGUUGUGGUCGAUUCUGGGGAUGGUGUUACACACAUUGUGCCUGUUUAUGAAUCGGUGGUGUUGAACCACUUGACCAAGAGAUUGGACGUGGCUGGUAGAGACGUAACCAGGAACUUGAUCAACUUGUUAUUACGCCGUGGCUAUGCUUUCAACAGGACGGCUGACUUUGAAACCGUUCGUCAAAUUAAAGAGAAGUUGUGCUAUGUGUCAUACGACUUGCAAUUAGAUACUAAGUUGGCUCAAGAAACCACAACUUUAGUGGAAUCAUACGAAUUACCUGAUGGAAGAGUCAUUAAAGUCGGUUCCGAAAGAUUCGAAGCUCCGGAGUGCUUGUUUCAACCUCAUUUGGUAGAUGUAGAACUGCCUGGUGUUGGUGAAACCUUGUUCAAUGCUAUCCAAUCUGCUGAUGUGGAUGUCAGAUCCACCUUGUUCAAAGCCAUUGUGUUGUCGGGUGGUUCAUCGAUGUAUCCCGGACUACCAUCUCGUUUGGAAAAAGAAUUGAAGCAGUUGUGGUUGACAAAGGUAUUGAACGGUGAUGCUUCAAGAUUGGAUAAGUUCAAGGUGAAGAUUGAAGAUCCUCCUAGAAGAAGACAUAUGGUGUUUAUCGGAGGAGCCGUGUUGGCCAACAUUAUGGCUGAUAGAGAUCACAUGUGGGUGAAUAAGCACGAGUGGGAGGAACAGGGUCCAAGUAUCUUGACCAAAUUAGGUCCAAGAUAGUACAAUAGAAUUGUAAGUUUGAAUAAAAUCAAAAGUAUGGAAGCUCUCUCUUACUCUCCAAUAGAUCUAAUAUUUCAUGCUAUUGUCUAUGCUACACUAUGCUAACUAAAAUUCAACUCUUCAAUUUGUCUCAUCACUGUCUCAACCAACUUGUCGUAAACAUCGGUGCUUAUGAUUCCCGUCCCAUUAGCGCGGUUAUUAUAACCAAAGUUUACGGCCAGGUGCACCAAGUCACGGAUAAAGUUCUCACUUACCACUUUAGGUUUUAAGAAAUCACUGGUUAAACACCUAUCAACUGUCCACCUAUCGUUUGGAAUACGGGCCAAGCAAUUCUCCAUUAAUUCUAUAGCGCUGGUAGGAACUGGAACUCCACCAAUACCUUUAGACGGAUACUGGAUCUUGACUUGAGGAUUCAACACGGCCAUGAUUCUCUGGUUCCCACUGUACUUGCCG